GCCCGCUGCGCGGAGGCUGCGCGGGGCGGCGGGAGUGAAGCUGCUGAGCGAAGCGAGAGCGCCGAGGGAAUCAGCCGGGCGGCCGGGAAGCCCUGUCCUGCCCUCCGCGGGUGCGGCUCUUCCAGCUCGGCCGUGCGCGGCCCGGACUAGAGACGGAGGAGUGGGAUGGAAAGGGGGAUCCCGAGCGGGAGUGGAUGCACACUGCUACGGAAGACUUUUCCUCGGAGGUGUUGGUGCUAAAGUCUCAGAUCCCGACUGUGAACAGGGUGGGUUGUCUUCUUCUUCCAAGAUCUCAGGUCUGAGUGAGUCUCCGGUGUACGUGUAUAUGUUUCCUAUAACAUAUAUAAUAUAUUGCAUUGCCAUUAAUCUGUUGUCCCCCCCCUCCCUGAAAGUGGCCAAAGUCUUUAAUAGGAGUUACUCUAUAUGUGGAAGCAAAGAAAUCUUCUUUCAAGUGGAGCUGCAGUUUUACUGAAUAAUCACGUGUGAGUUAGGGGCGGGCUUUUGGCAAGGAGGAUUUUGGUUUUUUACGAGUAUUUACUACAAGGUCUACUCCAGAAGAUUAACCAUCCCAAUCCUUCUGUCAGUCUCCGAUGCCAUGCCUGGUUAAAAAAAAAAAAAAAAAAAAAAAAAAAAUCUCAUCUUUUUUCCGAUCGUCAGUCACCCUAAAGAAUGGCCGAGCCUUCUGGGAACGAGCUGGCGUCCGCGGCUGCCAAGGGGGACCUAGUGCAACUUACUAAUUUGUUGCAAAAGAAUGUAAACGUCAAUGCACAAAAUGGAUUUGGGAGGACUGCGCUGCAGGUGAUGAAACUGGGGAACCCCGAGAUUGCCCGGAGGUUGCUCAUGAAAGGGGCGAACCCCAAUCUGAAAGACAGUACUGGAUUUGCUGUAAUACAUGAUGUAGCCAGAGAGGGGUUUCUGGACACUUUGCAGACUCUGCUGGAGUUUGAAGCUGAUGUUAACAUCGAGGAUAACGAGGGCAACCUGCCCUUGCACUUGGCGGCCCGGGAGGGCCAUGUGCGGGUUGUGGAGAUGCUGCUGGAGCGCUCGGAGUGCAAGGUGGAUCACCAGAACAAGAGGGGGGCCACGGCCUACGACCUGGCCAAGCUCUACAAGAGAGCUGCCGUGGUGAAGCUCUUGGAGGACAGCAGCCUCUUCCCUGCAGAUAUGAAUUAAACCCACCCCGGACAUGAUCACUUUGGGACAUUUUAUGGCUUUCAGCCUUUUUCUUUUUCCUCCUUUUUAAUAACAUUUGUUGCAAACGUGCUUCAUUUUUUUUUCUUCUUCUUCUUUCCUUUUUUUUUUUUCUUUUCCUUUUUCUUUUUUUGUUUCUUUUUUAACAGCUUAUAGUGUAAGUGUCAAGAAAUUCUAGAGGUGGGUUUUUAAAUAAUGGAAAUAUUUGAAAUCCACUCUCCCAGCAAUUUCUUUCAUCUGCCAUUUACAGAGUACUCACAGAUUCAGCUGUGUAUAUGUUGGUUGCUCGUACCUAGUUUUCCACUAUUGAGUUUUACAGUUUAUUUUAGGUCAUUUGUAUUAAGUAAUGAAUUCAAGAGCUACAUAUUCACAUGCUUAAUAUCGCUGGACUUUUAAGAAAAGGAAAUAUCUGACUGUGAUUUCUCCCACCUCUCAAUGCAAUCAUCCCCUCUCCCACUUCGGUCAGGAUUAAGGUUUCCAAGUCCUGAUUUGGAUUAAAACAGUCUUUUUCGGGGCAACCUGAACUGCCUUGCUCAGACAGAGCUUGAAGUCAGAGGCUGCUUGCCCUGAGGGCAGAGGAUGGUGCUUAGAGGCUUUGGGAAAUAGCUGCAUUUUCACACUAACAAGAGCUUGUAGAAGUAGGUCACUUACUUUCCCUUUGUGUAUUUAAACUUUCACCAAGCUGGUUUUGAAUUUACUUACCAGAAACAGUGUAAGUGGUGUUUUUUGAUUGCCAGAGGUUUUAAACAGCUCACUUUAGUAGUUCGUCUUUACUGUGCAGUGAACAAGACAUUUUUUUUUCCUAGUUUCAAAACAACCAGCAGAGAAGCAUUGUCAGAGGCAGGAGGACACGAAGGAUGCCAUACACCAAGUUUUCUGGUCCCUUCAUAAGCUGAGUGCAGUGUAGAUGCUCUUUAGGAAAUACUUGCUUUCCAUCAACUAUUCUGUUUUGCCUGGAAAUAAAGUAUUUUAACAAUGUAGAAGCGUUUCACAAAACAGGAAUAUUUGAAUACAGAGACACUUUGGAAGCAGCACGUUUGAUACUCGGGAAUUUAUCUAUUUGCUUGCACCUAAACCACAAUUUAACCAUUGAAAACUUUCUAUUGCAAUCCAGCUGAAAGUAUUCAUCAUACCAAAACUCAUUUACCUCUCCAGCUACAACAGGAGCUAACAGGAUGCUUAGCACCCUACUGGAAAGAUUUUACUAUGAAGCUUUUAACAUUUGUACAGGAGCUACUUUGGGGCAGAUGGACAGUUUAAAGUCGUUUCUUUUGAACAGACUAAAUUUUAAUUGUUCAAAACAGAAGGUUUAAAGUCAAUGUAAAAUGAAUGGUACUUAAAAUAGCACUUAAAAGAGGAGGGGUGUUCAUCAGUUUAGAUUUUAACUAAAAGAGGAGGGGUGUUCACUAGUUUAGAUUUUAACUCUUCAAAAAAAAAUGUUAUAGCCCCACCAAAUCAGUCACGAUCGUUUUCGAGUAAAAAUAAUUUGCUGAAACUGUCUAUCACGUUUACUAUAUGCUCUGUCACACUGCUGUGUUUUCUGAUUAAAAACCUCUGUGAAACAUGAA